AUGCCCGACCUCCCGUGCGACGGAGACGGCGCGUGCAUGGCGUGCCGCGCCGCCGCCCCGCUGCCGGAGGUCGAACUCCUCCGCUGCUCCACCUGCGCCACCCCGUGGCACUCCCCGUGCCUCUCCGAACCCCCCGCCCUCGCGGACGCCGCCCGAUGGAGCUGCCCCGACUGCUCCUCCGGCGGCGAUUCCUCCGUAGCGCCACCCGCUGCCCCACCCGGGGGAAGGAACGAGCUCGUCGCCGCCAUACGCGCCAUCGAGGCCGACCAGACCCUCUCCGACCAGGAGAAGGCGCGACGCCGCCAGGCGCUCCUCGCCCCCGCCGCCGCGGCGGACGACGACGAUGACGACACGGGGGACGACGGUGUCCUCGAGAUCGUCGGCAAAAAGUUCAGCUGCGUCUUCUGCAUGAAGCUGCCCGACCGACCCGUCACCACACCCUGUGGCCAUAACUUCUGCUUGAAAUGCUUCCAAAAGUGGAUUCAGAAUGGAAAAAGGACGUGUGGGAAAUGUCGGGCACAGAUCCCGGCCAAAAUGGCUGAGCAACCAAGAAUCAACUCUGCACUAGUUGAAGCUAUCCGGAUGGCCAAGAUUUCUAAGAAUGCUAACUCAGCUUGCUCAGCAGCUCCGUAUCACUAUAUGCAGAAUGAUGAUAGACCUGAUAAGGCAUUUACGACUGAGAGAGCUAAGAAGUCAGGAAAAGCGAAUGCUUCGAGCGGCCAGAUCUUUGUGACUAUUGCACCUGAUCAUUUUGGCCCCAUUCUUGCAGAAAAUGACCCCAAAAGAAAUAUUGGUGUUCGAGUUGGGGAUUCAUGGGAAGACCGACUUGAGUGCAGACAAUGGGGUGCUCAUUUUCCUCAUGUAGCUGGCAUUGCUGGCCAGUCCACCUAUGGUGCUCAGUCAGUAGCACUCUCAGGAGGGUAUGAAGAUGAUGAAGACCAUGGGGAGUGGUUUAUUUAUACCGGAAGUGGCGGGAGAGAUCUAAGUGGGAACAAGCGGACAAACAAGGAGCAAUCCUCUGAUCAAAAAUUUGCGAAGAUGAAUGCUGCUUUGCGUAUUAGUUGCUUGAGGGGUUAUCCUGUCCGUGUUGUGCGGUCCCACAAAGAGAAGCGUUCUUCCUAUGCUCCUGAAUCUGGUGUGAGGUAUGAUGGAAUAUACAGAAUUGAGAAAUGCUGGAGGAAGAUCGGUAUUCAGGGAAAGUUCAAGGUCUGCAGUGAUGAUCAUGGUGACCGUCCAAGGCCAUUGCCCAAGAUAAACGAGCUGCAAGGUGCAACUGAUAUAACGGAGAGGAAAGGACUUCCUUCAUGGGACUAUGCUGAGAAUGAAGGCUGGAAAUGGAUGGUGCCUCCUCCAAUCAGCAGGAAGCCUGUUCUCUCUGGGGAUCCUGAGACUGGCAAGCAAAUCCGCAGAGUAGCAAAGCGUUCUCAUAUAUCUGUGGCUGAAAGGCUGCUGAAAGAGUUUGGUUGUUCUAUCUGCCGGGAUGUGAUUAAAGAACCACUUACUACCCCAUGUGGUCAUAAUUUUUGCAAGACUUGUUUGCUUGGGGCAUACGAUAGCAAAUCCUCUAUGAGGGAAAGAAGCCGUGGUGGUCGGACCCUAAGGGCACAGAAGAUUGUGAAGAAAUGCCCUUCCUGCCCGACUGACAUCUGUGACUUUCUAGAGAAUCCACAGGUCAACCGAGAAAUGAUGGACCUGAUCGAAUCCUUGCAACAGAAGGCUGUUGAAGAAGGUGACACCAAGAUGGCUUCGGAUGGUGGUAAUGAUGAUGAGGAAUGUGGUGAUGGGGACACGGAGGAGAAUGAUGGUGCUUUGGCGAAGGAAGAGGAUGAUAUCAGCUUAAAUGACGAAGAGCAAGAUAGUGCUGAUGAUACGAAGACUGCGUGCCCCAAUGAUGAUUCAGAAGUUAAUGCUGAUGGUUCUGUCAAAAUUGUGGUCGAAUUCAAGGAGGAAGGAAACGAUGAUAAGAAGAUCAAGAUGAGUGCAACGGAAGUGGUGGAUGCACUAGUUGAAGAAAACGCUGUGAAACAAAUCAAGAGUCCCAAGGAGGCUGAAAGCAAAGAAAGCCAGCAGCCUCAGAAGCGCAAGGGCGAUGGCGAGAUUGUCGCAAAUGGUGCUAAAAGGAUGAAGACCAGUGCUCCUGCGGAAGAGAUUGCACCCUCCUGUCACCGGACCAGGGACAGUGAAGGCAAUGGUAGUCCUGUUGUGAGCAGCCGUCAUGGGGUAACUCGGAGCUGUGCGAAUGCUUCUGAAGCUGAUUAA